UCUAAGCGCGUCUUCUUAUCAAAGAAACACCUCAGUUUGCAUUGAAUCACAUUAUCAUGGGGACUGUUUGUUUUGCAUGGCAUUUGUGUUUGGCUCUCGCUUUCUUCCACUUUGGCAGGUUUGCAGGAGGCAAUGGGGUCCCAGAUGCUGAUGAAUGUACAGAAGGGACAGAUGACUGCCACAUUGAUGCAAUAUGUCAAAACACACCCAAGUCGUACAAAUGCAUUUGUAAACCAGGUUAUAAAGGAGAAGGGAAACAAUGUGAAGAUAUUGAUGAAUGUGAAAAUGACUUCUACAAUGGAGGCUGUGUGCAUGAAUGCAUCAACAUUCCAGGCAACUACAGGUGUACAUGCUAUGAUGGGUUCAUGCUAGCUCAUGAUGGACAUAACUGCCUUGAUGUUGAUGAAUGUCUAGAUAACAAUGGUGGCUGCCAGCAAAUUUGUGUCAAUACUAUGGGAAGCUAUGAAUGCCAGUGCAAAGAUGGCUUUUUCCUGAGUGAUAACCAGCACACCUGCAUUCAUCGCUCCAAUGAGGGUAUGAACUGUAUGAACAAAGAUCAUGGGUGUGCACAUAUCUGCCGGGAGACACCCAAAGGUGGGGUUGCCUGUGAAUGUAGGCCUGGCUUUGAACUUGCCAAAAACCAGAAGGACUGCAAAUUAACCUGUAACUAUGGAAAUGGAGGCUGCCAACACACCUGUGAUGACACAGAUACUGGUCCUGUGUGCGGUUGUCAUCAGAAGUAUGCCCUACACUCAGAUGGUCGAACAUGUAUUGAGAAGGAUGAGGCUGCAAUUGAGAGUUCUGAGUUCAAUGCCACGUCAGUAGCUGAUGUGGACAAGCGGGUGAAACGGCGGCUACUUAUGGAAACAUGUGCUGUCAAUAAUGGAGGCUGUGAUCGUACUUGUAAGGAUACAGCAACAGGAGUACGCUGCAGUUGCCCAGUUGGAUUUACCCUGCAGCCUGACGGGAAAACAUGCAAAGAUAUAGAUGAGUGUCUGGUAAACAAUGGUGGCUGUGACCAUUUCUGCCGAAACACUGUGGGCAGCUUUGAAUGUAGCUGCCAGAAGGGCUAUAAACUACUAACAGAUGAACGAACUUGCCAAGAUAUAGAUGAAUGUUCAUUUGAAAGAACUUGCGACCAUACUUGCAUCAACUACCCUGGAAGUUUCGAGUGCCUGUGUCUUAAAGGUUACACAUUGUAUGGAAUGACACAUUGUGGAGAUAUUGAUGAAUGCAGCAUCAACAAUGGGAGCUGUGACUAUGGAUGCCUUAAUGCAAUAGGAAGCUACGAAUGUGUCUGUCCAUCUGGAAAGAAGUUACACUGGAAUAAAAAGGAUUGUGUUGAGAUGGUGAAAUGCCUCCCAAAUGCCAAAAUAAUUCCAAAGGCCCAAUUGGUCUGCAGCAAAUCAGGAGGAAUUGAGAGUUGUUUCUUAUCUUGCCCAUCUAAUACACUUUUUCUUCCAGACUCAGAGAGCAGUUAUUCAGUAAAAUGUGGAGUGCCUGUACAGCAGAGCAAGUCACAACAGAAACACAACACUACACUUCCUAGCUGUGCAGACUCCUUAGCACCACCUGUCAAGCAGAAGGCUCGUUUUAAAAUCAAGGAUGCAAAAUGUCACUUAAGGCCCCGCAAUAAGGAAAAAAUUAAAGAUGUUGGGAAGCAGCAAGCUUUUAUCGGAGGUCAAUUCCCUUGUACAGACAACUGCCAGGUAACCUUCGUGAACCUCAAGUGUGACUCCUCCAAGAAAAAGCGCCGUGGCCGAAAAUCACCAUCAAAGGAAGUAUCCCAUAUCACUGCAGAGUUUGAAGUAGAAAUUAAGUCUGAGGAGAUCUCAGACACUUGUAAUGUUGAUUGUUUGCGGAAAAGCAUGGAGCAAAAGCUACAAACAGCAAUCAAAACUUUGAGGAAAUCUAUUAACAAACAGCAAUUUUACAUUCAGUUUUCUGGGACAGAGUAUGAAGUGGCUCAGAAAGCAGCUAAAGUUGUUACUGAAGGAAAUGACCUGUGCAGUACAGGGCAAGUGCAGCAGGAUGGAAAGUGUGUUACCUGCAGCACAGGCACCUAUUAUAGUGGAGAACAUAAUCAGUGCAUUCCUUGCUCACCAGGAACAUACCAAGACACAGAAGGUCAACUCUCUUGUGAACUUUGCCCAAGCAAUGAUGGACAGGGAGUAGCAGGUGCACGGAACGUGUCAGAAUGUGGAGGGCAGUGCUCUCCUGGACAUUUUUCUUCUGAUGGCUUUAAACCUUGUAGGCUAUGCCCACUUGGCACAUAUCAGCCUGAACCAGGAAGAGCCCUCUGUUUUCCAUGUGGUGGAGGACUAGUGACAAAAUAUGAAGGUGCAGUAUCAUUUCAGGACUGUGAAACAAAAGUUCAUUGUUCUCCUGGCCACUACUACAACUCUACAACCCACAGAUGUAUCAGAUGCCCUGUUGGAACUUACCAGCCUGAAUUUGGUCAGAAUUACUGCAUCACAUGUCCUGGGAAUACUAGUACAGAUUUUGAUGGCUCUACUAAUGUUACACAUUGUAAAAAUCAACAAUGUGGUGGGGAACUUGGAGAUUACACAGGUUACAUUGAGUCCCCCAACUACCCUGGAGAUUACCCAGCUAAUGUUGAAUGCAUUUGGAAUAUAAGCCCACCCCCAAAGAGGCGGAUUCUGAUAGUGGUUCCAGAGAUAUUCCUUCCAAUUGAGGAUGAGUGUGGUGAUGCUUUAGUAAUGAGGAAAAGUGCUUCACCCACAUCAAUUACCACUUAUGAAACUUGCCAGACUUAUGAGAGACCUAUAGCAUUCACCUCCAGAUCACGAAAAUUGUGGAUUCAGUUCAAAUCAAAUGAAGGAAAUAGUGGCAAAGGAUUCCAAGUACCUUAUGUGACUUAUGAUGAGGAUUAUCAACAGUUAAUAGAAGACAUUGUUCGAGAUGGCCGAUUAUAUGCAUCAGAAAAUCAUCAAGAAAUUUUAAAAGACAAGAAACUGAUUAAAGCUCUUUUUGAUGUAUUGGCACAUCCACAAAAUUAUUUCAAGUACACAGCACAGGAAUCAAAGGAGAUGUUCCCAAGAUCAUUUAUAAAGCUACUGCGAUCAAAGCCCUGCUUUGCCUUCACAGUAGCUGAAUCUUAAAAUUCCAGAUCCCAGACAUGAGAUUUGAUGAAAGGAAUUUUGUUUUGCCACACCUGCAAGUGGAAAGGAGUUCCAAAGUACCGAUUUGCAUUUUACCUAGAAGACUUCCCAGUUUAAAAGGAUCAAGCUUUGUGUGUUACUGUGAAACCCAUACCCUGUUUUCACAGCUCCUGAUGAGAAACUUGACUUUAUUAUCACAGGUUUCACCCCUCUGCAAGAUUAUGGACAAUUUUUCUAAUAACACCUUUGCUAAAGAGGCCUGUAAAAAGGGACACUUUAAUUUGCUUCAUGAGACAUUAGGCCUCACCCAGAAGUCUCAAUCCUAUUUCAACAAGGUAUAGUAUUUUGCCUGGGGGCAUGGACUGUUCUUUCUUACAUAGGUUUUUCCCCCAAGAAGAUAUUGUUACCCUACAAAGAUGUCAGACCCCAAACCCUUACUCAUUGGUCACUUGCUAAGUUAUGAGGCUAAAGAUGGAGAGCUGGAACACCACAACUAUCUACACGUGACCUAGAUGAAGAUCCCAAAGCCAGAUGUUACUGACGAAUCACCCCUUUAUGGAGAAUGAAGUCAGGUAUACUGGAUGGAGAUUGAUUGCCCUGACAAAGGCCUGUAAGUAUGAAUGUCAGUCAGUGUGGUGCAGUGCUUAGAGUGCUGGACUAGGACCGGGGAAACCCAAGUCCAAACCCUCAUUCAGCCAUGACACUUGCUGGGUGACACAGAGCCUGCCACUCAAAUGAUUUGGCCUGCCUCACAGGGUUGUUAUAAGGAAGAAGAACAGGAUACAGAAGAGAAUGUGAGAUGCCACAUGGAAACAGGACUUUGUUAGCAGUUACACCCAAAGGGCCUUGGUGAAAUUCAAGCGCUGAAGUUUUAUGUUGCAGCCUCUCGAGUGAUAAGACUAUGUUUGACCUGUUAGGCUUUAAUGCCUCCUCAAAACCCCAAACUCACGGGGAUGUGUGUGUGUGUGUGUGUGUGUGUGUGUGUGUGUAAAUGUGAAUGCCCAUUUUUCCCUUUUUGACUUUGUUGUUUUGCCUUUUGCCCAGGAUUGCCAUUUUGUUCUCGUGAUCAGAAACCAGCCUACAACACAAGCCACCAAGCCCUAAAUGAGGACAUCAUUCCCUGUUCUGGUCUUCGGGGGAAGUGGGGCCCAGGGUAAGCAGGAAGACAAAAACAUAAAUUUAAAAAAUGCCAGAAGACCAAAUUGAAAAUAGCCUCAGGUCUUAUCCAUCCGUUGUAUUAUUUGCCUUGAAAACUUGACUUUUCCUUUUUUGCUGAUGGUUGGCACCCAGAGACUUAGUCUCAGGACGCUGUCCCUACAUGGGGGGAGGGAAUUGGCAACUCACUUGCCUGUCUUUCUCUGAAGUAAACAGGUUUGCAACCAACAGUGCCUUGAACUGUCUUUCCAAGAAGGAUUGGUCCUCCCCAGAUUGAAGGAAUACCUGGAUCCAUCGCCAGAACGUGAUCCCAAGGGAGUCUCCAGAGGACAUCAACACUGACCCAGGAAAACUAACCAUCAGCAGCUACCCAAAGAGUGUCCCUAUCUGCGUUUCCAGUCCAACCCAAUGGUGACAGAACAACCAUCUGCUACCCUGUCCUGUGUUCGAGGAAGAGGGCCUAAUGCAAAGUUCAUCUGCUCCUAAGUGCUAUAGGAGAGGGAUAGACAACAAAUGCCUGAAGACUGCCUGAUAACAAACAGGCAAGUCAAUUUGUUCACUUCUCUCUGGAGUCAUACAUGCAACAGCAUCUCUCCAAGCUGUAAAGCCCUGGAACCAUCCUACCUGGGUAAGAUACCUUGCCAAAGACACUAUUUCAAAUUCUGCCAAAGACACUAUUUCAAAUUGCCCACAAGGGGGGGGGGGGGAGUCAAGGCUCCCAAACACAUGAACAUUCGAGCUUGUCUAUGGACACUAGCCAAACAAGCCAAAACAACACGUAUUAGAGAACAUCCAGGAUAGCCAAAAUCCUGCAACGUUGUACAAGAGCAUUUGGUUCUCAAUUGAAGGACUAAAAUAUUUUCUUACCAAGGACUCCUAGUUUUUUGAAUUCUAGAGCUCUCCAUGGCUUCCUUUUUGGCCAUGACAGACUCUAGAGGACACUAAGGGGUGUGUGAGCUGAUGAUUUACACCACUUUCUUAUAUUACUUUCUUGUAGUGACUGUGUGCUAUGAUUAUGUUGAAAACCCUGCUAUCUCCUGUGCUGUAAGGACAUGGACCUUACAUGCUUGCUUUCUGGUCAUUUCCUUACUUGUUUCCCUGACAUAUUGUGCCAAUCAUCUCACUGUUUCACCCAGAGCAUUUACCUGCAAGUCUGCACCUAUCCCCAAGUUACUGGUUCUUUUGCAUUCUAAGACAUUAAGCUAGCCCAAGCUUUACCUGCUAAUUUUAUAGACACCUGUAUUUAACUAAUGUGAUUGUACAUGACUUGUCAUUGCCAUCACUUUCCACAAGCUGAUAAUCCAUUAAUUGCCAGAAGCACCUGGUUCCACAAUGCAAGACUGUUAUUGAUACUUUAUUUGGGAUGAAGAUGGGUUAAAACAAUGUUGCUUGCUAUAACUUGUAUGAUCUUUAUAUGUACACCUUGCUGUUAUGUGUAAAACUUUUUAUCUAUAGCAAAUAAUGCCAGAUGUGUGAUUAAGAAUGUGUGUUGAUUUAUAGAAUUAUACUAAUUAUGUUUGUAGCUCUAGCAUGUUGUAUGCAAUGUAUCUAAUUUUAUUGCCAUAUGUACAGCCCAUUUAGCACCUACCACUUCUGUAAAACCUAUGCUUAAUGCAUCACAAAUGCUUAAGGCAUUCCAAAACCACAUAUGUCCCAAAUCCUUUAGCUACAAAAAACACAGAACUAUAUUUCCAAAAUUAGGAGUGUAUGCGUUAGAAAGAAAUAUUAUUAAUAUUUCCAAACAGUUAGAACUUUCAUUUAACUAAUAUUGAGAGCCUAUGGAUUUAUGGGUAAAGAAGAUAAUUCUAGUUAUAGCAUGUAUUUUCUUUUUAUUGAUAAUCACAUGUUGCUGCUUAUAAUGCAUUCCAGCUAUAAUCCAAAUGUUAUGAGAACCUUUAAAACCUUGCCAUAAUGUAAGACCCAUAUAUACAGCUGUACCUUUACAAACCUUAAUUAAGACAUCCUGAAGAUUCAGGAUGAUCCAGUUUUUCAGGGGGAAAUUGAUGUCUUUAGAAAACCAAAGAAACUCUGUUUGCCCAGAAUACCUCAUUCUAACUUAAAGUAACCCCAGCCCAGCUCAGGGACAUCACUGCCUCUCAUGAUCAACAUCAUUAUCUCUCUCCACUAAAUUGUAUCUAUGAAACUUGGUUCUCACAAGGUUCUCACUGUUUUUCGCUGACAGUUAAGAAAGCAGGAUUUAACCAAAUAAGGAGUAAUCACCAGAUGAACAAUGAAUCAUUUGCAUGCGUACGAGAUACUUAGACCACCAUUUUAUUGCCACGUAUACUGUGUCUAGGGUGUCAGCAUCAUUCAGAUUGUUUGUAUAAAUGUAAGAUGCACCUGUAACCAAACUGUAAUUGGUUUGAGAGCUUGAGCCUAUUGAUUACCUAUUGCUAAACUGCAGUAGCAAUAAAGCCUCUAAAUGAU